GGUUGCUGUCCCCAUCACCUAGCAACAGGAGAGCUUGAUGUGUACCUGUCUCCAGGAGACCGGGAGCCACGUCCUGCUUGGGGACAGAGUGGCCGGAGCUGCCCUGCUGACUGUGCUAAGCAGCCUUCCUCUCUCUCCCCCUCCUACCUGUGCCUGGGCGGCACCAUGGCACAGACGGACAUACUCACGACCAAGCAGCCCGCCCCGCAGACAGUGCUGGCGUGCCAGCUACCCCGCAAGCUGUACGAUGUGGCCCAAAACACGGGCGCCCACACAUCCUCUGGCCUGGCCACUGCUGGCUUCCGCACAGCUAAGUACCUGGCAGACGAGUGGUUCCAGAACUGCUACGCCCGCUACCAUCAGGCCUUCGCCGACCGUGACCAGUCAGAGCAGCAGCGCCACGAGAGCCAGCAGCUGGUGGCUGAGACGGAGGCGCUGGCACAGCGCACACAGAAGGACUCCAUGAAGAAGGUGGGUGAGCACCUGCAGGACACACACUGCUGGAAGUCAGAGCUACAGCGCCACGUGGAAGAGCUGGUCGCAGAGACCGACCUGCUGCUGGCCCAGAAGCAGCGGCUGGAGCGUGCCCUGGACGCCACAGCCCUGCCCUUCUCCAUCGCCACAGACAACCUGCAGUGCCAGGAGCGCCGCCAGCACCCCGACCUCGUGCGCGACUGGGUGGAGAUGGAGCUGCUGAAGGAGGCAGAGCUGAUCCGGAACAUUCAGGAGCUCCUGAAAAGGACCAUCAUGCAGGCCGUGAACCAGAUUCGGCUGAACCGGGAGCACAAGGAAACCUGCGAGAUGGGCUGGUCUGACAAGGUGGAGGCCUACAACAUCGACGAGGCCUGCUGCCGCUACCACAACCAGAGCACCGACGUCCAGUUCUACCCGCACUCUGCCAAGUUCGAGGAGAGUGCCUCCACACCUGAGACCUGGGCCAAGUUCACUCAGGACAACCUGUACGGCGCCGAGCGCGAACGCCUGGCCUCCGUCAACCUGCGGGAGCUCAUCGAAUGCAUCCUUCAGGACACGGCCGAGGACCUGCGGCUGCAGUGCGACGCCGUGAACUUGGCCUUUGGACGACGCUGCGAGGAGCUGGAGGAUGCGCGCCACAAGCUGGAGUAUCACCUGCGCAAGACGCUUCGAGAGAUCACAGACCAGGAGCACAAUGUCUCAGUGCUCAAGCAGGCCGUCAAGGACAAGGAGGCGCCUCUGAAGGUGGCCCAGACCCGCCUGUACCAGCGUUCGCACCGGCCCAACGUGGAGCUGUGCCGGGACACCGCCCAGUUCAGGCUGGUGAGCGAGGUGGAGGAGCUCAACGUGUCGCUGGCAACGCUGAGGGAGAAGCUUCUGGAAGCCGAGCAGUCCCUGCGCAACCUGGAGGACACACGCAUGAACCUAGAGAAAGACCUCGCGGUCAAGACCAACAGCCUUUUCAUCAACCGCCAGAAGUGCAUGACCCACCGCGCCUGCUACCCCACCGUCCUCCAGCUGGCCGGCUACCAGUGACCGGGCGGCCCCCCUCAAAUAAAGAGCACGUUCCUUCCGC